UGUGUUUUGCAUGGGUCAAACGUAGUCUCACAGCGGGGCUCCUCCUGAGGCCUGUGAGGGGCCACUAGGCCUCACCGCACGGCGUGCUGACGCUAAUGCUAACGAUUCCCCGCGCCUUUAGUGAACGCAGCAGCGGUCGCUCCACGCAACGAUAGGGCGUGAGGGACAUACUGAGUGUGUUUGCUGUUGUGUGUCUCCAUGUGAGUGGGUUUUAGUGUAGAUUAAAAGUCCCCUUUUUCUUCCACAGACGCCGGGAUGUGUAACGUUAACUGGCAACCGAAACCGAAACUAGCUACGCGACUUAAUUGGUCGAUGAUUAAUCAGCAGCAACUUCGAUAAUCUGUUAGUUGUUUUCAGUUGAUUAUCAGGCAGAAAGAUCAGAUUGAGUCCAGUGAUCUGUCUAUUGUUUUAGAUUAACGCUUACCGUAAUGUCAUCACAAGCACCCAGAGACUGAUUUAUCUGAGGAAAAAACAGUAAAACAAACCGAAGAUACUCAGUUUUUAAUGGUAGAAAACACCAAUAAAGCAAUAAAUCCUCACAUUUUAAUGACUGUAAAUAGUGUAAGCCAGCAUUUGUUUUGUAAGCCGCUCAAAUUUACCCCAAUGUGUCAAUUAAUUGACUAAUUGUUACUUCUUUUAGCCUCUUCAGGUGUAUUUGCCUUUAUGAUUUACCUCAUUGUAAAUAUAAUCAUUUCUGCACUUCCUUCUUUUUUCCCCCCUACAUUUUAUACUAUAUAAUGAAUAAGUUAAACAGUUUCAGCACUAGAUGUCACAGCUAUUGUUAAUGUAGUAAAUACUGAUGUACACAAAGUAGAACAACAAAUGAUCUUAACUGUAAUAUUGUUGUCAGGGACUUCCUGUUGGUAAUCCCUGGGGUUCCCUGCAUCCCAUUUGAGAGACUGCAAAACACACCUCAGUAUUUUAUUGGCCGACUAUAGUAGGAAAUAAUUGUUCUUUGCUUUGUAUUCUCUUCUAUUGAAUUACACCUGGCUUCUCAGCAGGUAGGGCAUCAAGGACUGUAACAACAACAACAACACCAUAGCAACAAUUUAGUUAUAAUGUCAGUGCUAACAAUACCACACAUUACACAUUUUUCUAACCUACCUUGUUGGUCCAAGCAGAGGAUGUGGAGAUGAGUGGACGAGGUUGUAUCUCCACUGUUAACUUAAUUGCCCCUGGGGGCUCAAAACUCAUUCAGAUCAGUUUGAAGAAGGCAUGUUGGGUCUCCUUGUUUCUAUUCUUUGCACAACAUAUCUGUAUUUUCUUCCAGUGACUCUCCCUUGCCUGUGACUUCACGUGUCUGUUUUGUAAAGUUCCUUGAGUCUGAGUCGGUGGGAGUUUCCCAACACCUGACGAACACCGUCUUCGUGGACAGAGCUUUGAUCGUGGUCCCUUUCGCUGAAGGUGGGUGUCUGCUUCAGUCUUGUCUCUCUCACAUGGCUAUCUCUGAACAUGCAUCACAAUGUGUAGGCUGUUUAAUAGAAUUACAGACGCUAUCUGAGCCAUUGUGAGCUUUUUUUUCUGACCAAGCAAAAUUAGCUAAGCUUUCAGUGCUUGGCAUUUCUAGGUAUGUAAAAGGGAAAUGUACAUUUGUGUCCAUGUCUUACAAUCUAGCUGUAAACUUCUCUCUCUGUUAUUUGUGUUGUGGUUUUCAUAGUGGACAAGUCAUUUGCAGAGAGCCCCUUCCUUGCUGGCUGAAAGUGGUCCUCUGCUGCCAUCAGGAGAUUAGAAAAAAUAAUGGCACCAGGCUCGCAAGCCCCCCUUCUCUCUCUUGUUCUGCAGUAAAAUAUUAACUCUUUAUUUUUUUCUCUGUUCAAGGCAUCUUUUCUUUAAAACAAAUUAGCCACACAACUCUUAAGCAAGAUGAGGGGGUGGGGGAGAGGGUGCAGGGCAAUCUCAAUUCCUCACAUGUUGAAAGGAUUUGAAUAUUUUCAAAUAAAAUGUAUGUUGAUUAGUAGGCAUGCACCGAACUAGGGAUGCCCCGAGCAGAUCAGCUGGAUUGGUUUUGAGGCCGAUCUGUCAAUUAAUUGGUAUUGAUUUCAAGCUUGAACCAGUUCUGGUCCUCCUGUUUAUAUUUGAACCUUUUUUUGCGCUUCCGGGUCCGCCAGUUGUCAAAAUGUCCUAUUGUGCUUGAACCAGUAAUCGUCAACAGUUAGUUUGAGUUGAUUAAUAUCCACACUGACUGACGGCAUGCAUCAGCGAGAGAGUUUCAGUGACUUUGCAGGUGCUGUACAACCUUAAAUUAUCUUCUUUAUGUCGCAUACAUUUAGUUGAGACACUCCUCUGUCCAUUGAUUUUAUAUUCAGUGCUGUAGGAAGCAGUUAGAGACCCUGCACAUACACACUGGUGUUUUCAGUUACUGGCUAAUCAGACCUGUUUAGGUUCAAGUUGGGCGGUGCUAUGGUGGGAGUGUGCUUAGGACGCCCGACGCCAGGUGUAAGUAGCCCCGCCCUCACAGGUGCAACAAAUCUUAGCGGUACAGUGAAGGAGAUAUCAAUCUACCAAUCAAUCGAUCAAUCAGUCCUACAGGUCCACAGUCCCGAGUCUCAUCAGCCAGAUAAGUGAAAACACCUGCAUGGGUGUUUAGGGUCCGGCUUUGUUUUCUUAACGUAGAGCUGUUCACCAAUCACAUCCAAACCGGAUUGCCUUAUUAAAUGCUAUCUUGCCCUGUGCUGAUUUAAGUAAACGCUGCUGAACUGCAUUAUAAAGGAAAAUAUAAAUACUGGAUCUGGACUUGUUACUGGCAGAAUCCUAAUGUAAAAUGGAGCAGAUUGGGAAACAAAAAAAUGUUCGGGACAUCCCUACACCAAGCACAAAGCAUGCAGGAUAGAUUAACUAAUCAGCUGUGCAUGCUAGAAUAGAUUUCUGAAGGUGUGUGUGCCAUCGUCUACAGUAACUUUCAGCAGAUGUGGUGGAAGUGUAUUAGCACAUAAUUUGGUUAUUAAUCAUAAUAAGCACACAAACAUGCAUUUGGCAUUUACUUGCUUCAUGUGCCAAAGCCUUGUUAUUUUACACUGUGCAUCUGUUUUUCCCAAAUUACCACUAACACACGAGAUAAAAGUAGUUGUAAGCCUCUGCUUGAUGUUGCAGUAAAUGCUUUUUUUAUUGACCCUCUCCACACAUGACUCUGAAAGAGUUGAGUGACUCUCACGUUUAACAGUGGUGUUUCUUUUGUUGUUGUGUUUUACAGUUCUUUUUCCUGGUUCAGCCAGCCCUAUAUACCAGGCCCUGCUGAAAAUGCCACCAACAGUUUUGUCUUCUGCAGCCUUAUCCUGUUUCUCAAGUGUCCUUUCUGUUGUGUGUGUGUGCGCGCGUGUGUGUAUGUCUCUCUCUCUCUCUCUCUCUCUCUCUCCCCCCUUUUCACCAUAUAAAAUGUCAGAAUAAAAAAUAGCCUGUUUUCAGAUUGCACAACCAUGGAUGAUCAUCUCCAUAAGAUUUUCCCUUUUGAUUUUACUGUUUGGUUUUUCUUCAGCUUUGGGCAAAAUUUUUAUGAUUUUAUCACAGCUUUUGCUGGCAAUAGCCUUUAACUGUUUAGUGCAGUUUAUCUUUGACAUUGUUUAGUGUUUUUAGUGACAUAUUGUUGGCUAAAACCUAGCACUGCUGUAGCUUGUUAGCAGUACUUCAUCUGGUUGCCAAGUAAGUCUUUUUUUUUUUGUGGUGGGAUUGUAACCACCGACAAAAGCCCAGAAAAGGUAAAAUGACUGAACCUUUUCUGUUUUUUGUAUUGGUAAUGGUAAGUGAUGUUGAAAUGUACCCUUGUGUCUACACCCAAAUCAUGAACUUUGUUUUCUGUAUCUCAAUGUUUUUGUGUGCUUUAUAGCGAAGCAGCCGGCGCGAGUCGCUUGUUCAUAAAACAUCUAAUGAAAGUUGAGAGCACAUCCCACGGGACAACUGGCUGUGCUUGCUUACGUUUGGUUCAUGACUUAAAAAACAAGUACAGGAGUCAUUCCUGAUGAAUCUAAAGCUAUGUCGCUGCUGGCUCCAGCCAAUGCCGUGGCAGGAAUGAUGCCUGGGGGAGGCCUUCUUCCAACACCCAAUCCUCUGGCGACAAUGGGAGGAACGCCAUUCGGAGGUCUUGGAGCUCCUAACAUGGAGCAAAUGGCUGCCAUGGGAAUGGCGGGACCUAACAUGAACCCCCAGGCUCUUUCUGCAGACUUCCUGAAGCUCAUGCAGUCCAUGGACCCCAAAUUGAAUCCAUUAGCGGCCGGACUAAACUUGAAUCCAGGGCUGAAGACUGACGCUUCCAAUAAGGAGAUUGAAGAGGCCAUGAAAAGAGUCCGAGAGGCCCAGUCUCUCAUUUCUGCCGCCAUUGAACCAGGAAAUAAGAAAGAUGACAAGCGCAAACAUUCCCGGUCCCGUUCGCGUUCACGGCGCAGGCGAUCCAGAUCUCGCUCCAGACACAGGCGUUCGAAGAGCAGGUCUCGGCGGAGGUCCCAUUCAAGGAGUAGGAGGAGGUCCAAGAGUCCACGGAGAAGGAGGUCCCACUCCCGGGAAAGAGGCCGCCGCAGUAGAUCCAGGGAAAGGAGGAAGGAGGAAAAGUCUAAGAAAAGGUCAAAGACGCCCCCCAAGAGCUACAGCAGCGCCAGGAGGUCUCGAAGCAUUAGCCGGAGGCACAGACGAAGCCGCAGUGCAUCUCGGUCCCCCAGGAGGAAGUUGUCCAGGUCUCCAUCGCCAAGACGUCACAAGAAAGAGAAGAAGAAGGACAAGGAGCGUGAGAAGGAGCGGGAUAGAGACAGGAGGGAGGACAGGAGCAGAGAUGAAAGAGAACGCUCCACCAGUAAGAAGAAGAAGAGCAAAGACAAGGAGCGAGAUCGGGACCGCAAGUCCGAUAGCGAGAAAGGAGACGUUAAGGUGACCCGGGAUUACGAUGAGGAGGAGCAAGGUUAUGACAGCGAGAAAGAGGGAGAGGAGGAGGACGACGAGAGGAAGAGCGACUCUGACUCGGCAUCGUCCCCCAAAGGCCAGGAGGAGAUAGAGAGAUCCGAGGGCCAAAUCCCCAAAAAGUCCAAGCUGAAUGGAGACGAUCACCAUCAGGAAGACAUGGAGAUGAGCGACUAAGAACAUCCCGAACCAGACCGUGUUAUCUUUCCACUGUCCUCUUUUAUAUUUUUAAUAUAGGCCACAACGUGUCCGUGCCUGAUCACUUAAAGUAAAAAAAAGAUUUGUUGUCUUAACUGUAGAAGCAUUUUGGGAAAAUGGGGAGGGGGGUGUAGAAGGAAAGCAGUCAAAUCAUUUUUGUAAAGACGAGAAAACAAGGACUAAAAUAUGAAUAACAUGAGACUGGUUUUAAAUUGUCAUUGCUGUACUUUUUUAAGAUCCCGUUGAUUUUUUUCUGUUUGUUGCCUUUUGUGUUUAUUCUUCCUGGCAGUAGAAUACACAGCAUUUUCCGCUAAAAUGUUGUCAAUGUAAAUAUUUUACUGGUCGGGAUUAAGUCCUUUCCUCAUUGAGACUGUUAGUUACUCACCAGGCACCAACGUCGGGUUACUUUCUUGGUUGCUGAACCAUUUUUGCUUUAACUGUAAUGCACCCAGUCAUGUCUCAGCUGACCUUCCUAUUUUACACCCCUUUGUAAGUGUACACUGUAGAUUGAAACGUGUUGUUGCAAUGAAAUACUUUGUCUGCAAUAGGUUUUCCAAAGGAAACUAAUAAAAUUGGGUCAAACUGUC